CAUGUGUGGGAGCGCACAGAAAGGCGGAAUAAGCGCAGACACAAUAGCUCAGUCGGUAAACGCUGUGUGUUAUUGAUCCGGCGUUUAGAAAGGGGAAAAAAAACAAGGAACUAAAGGGAGAAGGAGAGAGGGAGACGGGGGACGAUUCAAGCCGCUAUCUUUCCUGAGGGGGGAGUUUAUUUAUCCGCCCCGCAAGCUCAACAAGAAAACGCAGUCUUUGCGGAAUAGUCACAUUGAAGACGACACGUGUGGAUGAUUAACCACAUGUUUCCCGGGAGGACUGCACUCUGAUUUACUUUGCUGUAUCCGUUCUGUGCGACUGUUUUCGAGGGGAUACGGCCACUCUAAAGACAUUGUUUCCUCUCUCCGCCCGGAUCUGCCACAGUGAUGUCGGAGCUGGAUGUCUCUGCAGAAUGCGUCCCCAGCCGACCCCCAGGGCGGACAGAGGACAUAUUGAAAGAGAACCAGGAGAACAGGACUUUACUGAUGGUGGCAAUGAUAUUGCUGGACUUGAACAAAUGCAAUCCUAACGCCGGAGGCAGCAAAUGUCUCGGGGCCAGCGAAGCCGGCGCGCAGGAGAAGGUGGAGCGGGGGAGUUGCCGGCUAAACGCGGGGGACAGCCGCGGCUCGCUGGCACCCAAACAGCCCCGGAACAAGAAGGCGGGGGCCAGACAGGAGUCCCCCGAGAAGAGGCACCGCUGCCCCUUCACCGGCUGUGGGAAGAUGUACGGCAAGUCGUCCCACCUCAAGGCCCAUUUAAGGGUCCAUACCGGUGAGCGCCCCUUUGAGUGUACCUGGCCCAACUGUGGCAAGAAGUUCUCCCGAUCAGACGAGCUGACGCGUCACUACCGCACGCACACAGGCGAGAAGCGCUUCAACUGUCCGCUGUGCGACAAGUGCUUCAUGAGGAGCGACCACCUGACAAAACAUGCCCGGCGACACGCAGGCUUCCAUCCCAGCAUGCUCCAGGGCUCCAGUGUGGCCAAGAGACGCCGCUGCUCCGUGUCCAUGUCCUCCUCUGAUUCUGGAGACCAAAGCCCUGCUGGGGUGUGAGACACACCCUCCCCAUACUGUACAUAUAUACAUAAAGGUACAUGCAGUAGAUACAGAGGCAUGCACAAACAUAGACACACCCUCAUGUGUGGUGUUUGUACCUUUAUACAAAUCCUGUCAAGUCAGACAACCAGCCAGACCACAAUUCAGAGUUUUUCUACUACACAUGUAACAUUGUGCAACAGAAACAUUGACUUUAAUCAAACCUUAUCGCUCUGUUUUGUUCCCUGAGGUGAUUGGUAUUAUUAAGGGUUAUUCAAGGUCUGUGAGGAAGGUCUAGUUGUUUUUGCCAUUUGUAAUUGUUUUACUUGGACUUGUAAAGAUUUUCUUCUGAAAGAAUCUGCCAUCCAAGUGGCAUUUAUGUACAUAUCUAGUUUUCAUAAACACUACAUAUAUAUAUAUAUUAACUUCAUUUGCAGAUGAAGACAACAAGAAAACACGUCAAUAAAAUCGUGUGACUGAUAUAUUCCUAGUGAGCUAAGAAGUUUUGGAAAUAGUCCUUUAGUGAAUAUUACUCUUGUACACAUAUUGUACUUACACACACUUGAACAGUUGCUUUUCAGGCCAGGACAAAGCGAAUGUACAGUAUUGCAGUAUUACCAUGUAAAUAGAGCUAAUGGACUUCCUUUCAGACGGAUGAUAUACUCAGUAUAGUGUAGUUAAGUGAUAUUAGAGAGUAAUAAGAAAAGCUAUAAUAUAGAGAAAUGCAGAGCUUGGUUAUUUAAUUUCAUAUAUUUGGCUAUGGACUUCAGGUAUAAUCAAGUGUGCGAUAAGCUUGUAGGUAUAAGCAGUGUGUUCUCCUGUGUAUAAACUUCAGUGUUGUCACAUCAUGACAAAACUUGCAAAUACAUGCACCAAAAUACCUUUAUAGACUUUAGCAAGACCAUAAUACGUGAGCUAAUCUCAUGGGAAAUUACGUUUCGACAUUUGUGUUGUUUUUUUCAGGCUUGAAUGGUGUCAGUAGUACAACAUAACAGGGUAAACAUGGUAACUGUACUUUUUGUUUUUCUUUUCACUUGCAGUUGAAACACUACAGUGUGUCAGACCACAUCUAUUUAUGUUUAGUACAAGUCUGUGCCUUUCAGUGGGUUUGUAGCAGAGGGGAAUUUCUACAUUUUCAACCUUAGGAGAAUACUACCUGAAUAUACAUACCGUAUUCUUUGUGUUGCUGUUCAUUAAUACUUUCAAGAUCAAUGACUGUCUCUUACACCAACAGUGCCAGGUGCUGUAUGCUCGUGUUUGUAUCCGGACUGCAUUUUUAUCAGGGAAUAGAAGUGAUGUGGGGUCAUGCCAAUCAAUACUACACCCCCUGGUGGUGAGAUGGAAGCACAACAUUACUCACAACAGAAAGUCAUAAAACCUUUUUUUUUUUUUUUUAAUUUGUUCUAGCAUCGAUUAGUUUGUGAAUCAGUGAAUUCCGUCAUGCAGCAUGUUUGUAUGUAUUUCUUUGGUACAGUGUAUGUUUAAUUUGUCAGGUAAUCUUUUGUAAUAUUACUAAAUGGGAUGAAAGGUCUUAUUAAUCCACUACAGGAGCCAGAUACAUUGUUGAUGUCAUGAGUUUUCUUUUUAUACUUGUCACAUAAUGCAUUUAAAUGUCCAGGUAGAGUGUAAAGUUCGGUGUAGUUGUAGGAUGCAAACUACAUGCAUUUGCUAAGUGAAAUGUUUUUUUUUUUCUUUUCUGGCAUUACGAUAACUGUGACUAGAUGCUGGUGCCUUUCAGGUUGAAACCCUUACUUCUGAUGCUACUGUACUGUAAUCAGGGACUGUCAAUGCAAACCCCAUGUUAUUGCAAUACACACAGCUGUGUAAUAAUUACUGCUCAAAAGUUUUAACAUUAAAAUUAUUAUUUUCUUUCUAAA